AAUGCAACGAUGCGUUUAAGGAUAAACUUUAGAAGAAUCAAGAACGUUGAGAUGCGGCUAAUAUUGGGUGAGUUGUUCAUUUCUCUCGCUAUCGUUAUCGUCUUCUUCCAUUCUCCGUCGAACAUCGUCUUAGGGUUUGCACUGACGCACUCUGCUUUCAGCGGCGCACACACAUAGCAGCUUCCAUUCACUUUCGCGGUGUCAAGGUGUUUUUGUUUGUGUUAUUCAUGGUUAGUGAUACUGGUCUGGAAUGUCCAACAAUCUGGUUUCGGAGCCGAUGCCGAGUAUGCCAAUGGCUCGGUUGCAGCCUGUUUUGAGCAAGGUUGAUUCAUCGGGGAGACAGAUGGAAAUGGGGCUCUUGGGUCCUGUAGCUAGUGAUCUUGUGUCACAGCCACAGGCGACCUCAAAUGUUGGAUUACCCCAUUCGAGUAUGCAAAGUGGGCGGAUAGAAGCACAAGCAGGUAAUCCAGGAAUGCAUCAGUUUCUUUUGCCUAACAGACAGUCCGUGCAAAUGGGGACUCUUCCGAAUAGCACGGGGUCACACCAACAGCCAAUGACUCCAAAGCGCAAAGCACCGAUGGAAUUAUCAUCUAGUAGUUCCAUGACGUCAAGCAAGCGGGCUGCGCAAAUGGGAAAUAGACCUUGGUUGCAGCAAGUACCUAAUGCGUCAAAUAGAGGUUCUCCGCAGAUGCAAUCCCCAUCAAAUGCCUCCAGGACACAGCACUCGGCAGCUUCUAGUAAGAGAAAAACACAGAUGGAUAACACUUCCGGUAAAUCUGGGACUUCUCGGUCCUUGAAUUCCAAAAGUCAGAAUACACAGAUGAAACAAUCCUCCAAGGUUCAAACUGAACCAUCUGAAAGUGUUAGGUCCAAGAUGAGAGAGUCACUAGCUGCUGCUCUAGCCUUAGUUUCUCAGCAAGGUAAAUCUCAGGUCCCUAACAAUAACACGUCGAAUGAUGCUGCCAGUACUCAGAGUAAAGUAAAGAACAGUUCUCAGUGCACUCAGCCAGCAUCUGCAUCCAUUGAUACUUCUUUGGAGCAAAAGCAAGAUGUUUCUCAAUCUGUUAAUUCCUCUUUUGCUGCGGGUGAGUCAGUUGACCACGUUGCAGGAGAGCAGAGACAGAGUACAUUUAAUGAAGAUUUUUUGGAUAAAUGCAAGGAUUAUGAAGUGGGAUCCACUAAUGUAUCAAACAAUGAAAAUAUACUGAGUUCUAUGCAAGCCUUGGACUGUGAUAAGCAAGACUUCCAGUCAAGUUACACUUUGACGACUGAUGAUGUUCCUUUCAGUGACAGUUUCUUUAUGAAAGAUGAACUUUUGCAGGGAAAUGGUCUUUCCUGGGUGUUAUCUGAUAUGGUGGAUGUGGGAAAUCAAAGGGAAAGUGAAACUAAUAUAGAGCAGAGGUCAGAACCUCAGGAAACAGGUGGAGUUUGUAGGGAGGAGGUCCCUUUGCAUGAACUUUUAGCAUCAAGGAUAGAAGCAGAACUCUUCAAACUAUUUGGAGGUGUGAAUAAGAAGUACAAAGAGAAGGGGAGGUCUCUUUUAUUCAAUUUGAAAGAUCGCAAUAAUCCUGAACUUAGAGAAAGGGUUAUGUUUGGUGAAAUUCCCCCGGAACAAUUAUGCUCCAUGACUGCCGAGGAACUUGCUUCAAAGGAGCUCUCUCAGUGGCGGAUAGCCAAGGCUGAGGAGCUUGCUCAAAUGGUGGUUUUACCUGAUUCAGAUGUUGAUAUCAGACGUUUGGUCAAGAAAACACAUAAAGGUGAGUUUCAAGUGGAAGUUGAACAUGAAGACAAUCUCUCAGUGGAGGAAGUUUCAGCUGGCACAACCUCAAUUGCUCGAAGCCAAACUACAAAAAAGGAUGUAGAAAGCACUUCUCCUUCCAAAUCAGAUGUGAUCAAAGGUGAUGCGAAUACUGAUGCUGAGAAGAGCAAGUCAGAGAAGGAUAAUACAUUUUCCAUUACCAUUUCUUCCAAUGAUGGUACUGAUCCCAUGCAAGGGCUUAUGACAGAUGAUGCAUUGAAGGACCCUGACUUUCUUCCGCCAAUUGUCUCUCUUGAUGAAUUCAUGGAAUCCCUUCAUUCUGAGCCACCAUUUGAAAAUUUACCAGUGGAAUCUGGAAAAGUGGCACAUUCGUCCGACAAGGAUGAUUCUGGGGCUGGAUCUAAAUCAAGAUCUUCUGCUUUUAGUUUAAGUGCGCAAGCUGAUGUCACUCCUGAUAAGAAGUCUGAGAAGCUUCAAAGCACAUCAGGUUCUGAAGAGGGAAAAAAGUUAAAUGCAGAAUCUGGGGCCAUUUCUUCUAAUGCAAGAUACAGUGAUAGUCAAACUGACGUGAAGCUGACAGAUGGUCGUACCAAGGAAAGGUCAACUAAUGAUGUGAAGUCAUCUACUUCCAGUGAUGCUGAGUUGAAAGCCAGUCUGUUUCAUUUGGAAGAGAGAAAUCGCAAUAAUAUGUAUUUGAAAGCUACACUCCCCUCUAAGGGUGAAUGCCUCUGGGAUGGAAUGCUUCAACUGAAUAUCUCUACCACUCAUUCAGUCAUAAGCAUCUUUAAGAGUGGUGAGAAAACUUAUGCUAACGACUGGUCUGGCUUUCUCGAGGUCAAGGGAAGGGUUCGACUUGAUGCAUUCGAGAAAUUUCUGCAGGAUCUUCGUCUGUCAAGAAGUCGUGCAAUCAUGGUUUCACAUUUUGUUUCCAAAGGGUCAUCCCCCGAGGAGGAAUCGACUCUCCGUGAGGUGGCUGACUCGUACAUUUUGGACGAGAGAGUAGGAUUUGCUGAGCCUGCGCACGGAGUUGAACUUUACUUUUGCCCACCUCAUAAGAAAACAGUUGAAAUGCUCAGCAACAUACUUCCAAAAGAACAAAUUGAAGCAGUUAAUUCUAUCGAUAAUGGCCUAAUUGGUAUUAUUGUAUGGAGAAAAACUAAUUUAACUUCGACUAUAUCACCCACCACUUCAUCACACCACAAACAUGGCUCUAAAAGACAACACUUUAGUAGGAGACAGCAAGAUAUAAAUGUGAAUGCCAAUUCCACCCACAAAGCAGUGCCCUCUACGGGCUUUAAGACCCCCGAGACUGGACCCCCAUGUGAUGAUGAUGAUGAUGAUAUUCCUCCCGGAUUUGGGCCACCGGCGGCCCGAGUUGAGGAUGACCUACCGGAGUUCAAUUUCUCCGGCAGUUCAAAUCCAUCACAGUUGGUCCAAAAACCCAUGGGACCAGGUAUGGUCCCAUUACACUCGGUUAACCAAGCCCCGUCACGCCCUGUAGAACAAAUGAGGGAACUUGUACACAAAUAUGGGCAAAACAAACCAAAUGUAUCUUCAGUUAAUUGGCAGGAUAAAUUUGGGGGAACAAUUCAACCCUGGAAUGAUGAUGAUGAUGAUAUACCUGAAUGGCAGCCCCAAACCUCGCAGAAUCAGUUUCCUCCCCAACAACAGACAACGAUGCACAACUUUCAUCUUCGACCUCACAUCUUGAAUCAAUCAUUUGCGGGUUCACCACAGCAGUCGAUUAUCACAACACAAUAUCUGCAACCCCCUAUGAAUGUGACACAUGGCCAACGAAAUUUUGGCCCCCAGUGGGUUUCUUCUACCCAGGGUAGCAGAAACCUGCGGCCAAGCGGUGUACAACCCCAUGGAACUUCUUCGCAAGGCACCACCUGGCCUCAACAUGUGUCUAGAAGUAGGGGCUAUUAGUUUCUUUUAGUAUAAAAUUUAGGGCCCUUUUUAAUUAAUUUUUUGAUGUCUUAACAGCUGUAGCGUGUAAGCUCAUUAUAAAGUUUCAAGCUAUUUCUUUAUGUAGCGCCAAUACCGCCUAGUUUAGACGAAUUACUGUUUUUCUCCUGUGUUAGUUUGCCGACAGUAGAUGUUCCGCCGAAUAAAUAUGAGGGACAACAUUUUUGCUUGCUUUAGGUUUUGCGAUGGUUUUCUCAAUUUUCAUGGUGCUUUCGU